UUAUAAUGCUUUAAUAAUAAUUACUAAAUUGCGUUUAUACUGUAUUUAAUUUAACUCCAGCACUAGUUCAUAACAAUUUAUAAAAAUGUCUCAUACAGUGACAGUUACCAGGACCACAACGUCUACAACAUCUGCUAUAAUCCUAAAUACUGGUUACGUAAAAUCGGUGCCUGGAUUAUUAAAAUUGGCCGAAGUUAUUUUAGGAGGUAUUGUCUUGGGUCUGUUGAUUUACAACAGGGAAAAUUUAUGUCAUUGCUGGGUGUAUGGCACGCAUAACGCGCAACUUUUUUUUUUGGGUACAGUUAGUGCGUUUUUCUUAACGAGUCUUCUAUUGUUGAUUUCUUGUCUUUUGUCAAUUUCCACUGGACCUAUCAUAUCUAAAACUAACUUUGAAUUCAUUUACCAUGGCGCUGGAUUUGUACUUUUGCUGUUGGCAUCUGUGUUCUUAUUGCUUGAUGCAAAUGAUAAUAGUGGCCGUAACCCACAGAAUCACUUUGUGAUUGCAUCAAUUCUGGGAUUGAUAAUGGCAGCUUUUUACUUGCUAAGUUCAAUCUGGGGUUAUAGGUCAUACAGAGGCCCAUGAAUACCCUGUCAAUAAUAUUUUGCACAAGAAGCAUAGCCAUAUAGACAAGGAAAAAGGACGACUACCAAAAAACGCACAAAUUAAUUAAGGACAAAAAGCAGCUUAAUAUUUGUAUAAUUUAUUGUAUAAAUUAUUGUUGUCAAGCAUUA